ACAGGAGCGACUGGUCUGGUGGGGAGUAGGCUGGUUUCGAAGCUGACUGCACAGGGUCACACAGUGAGGGUGCUCACGCGCAACCCCGGUGCAGCCACUAACAAGCUGCCAUACCCCCGCGUAGAGGUCUUUGGGCCCAGCCAAUGGGCCGGCGCCGUACAGGGAUCCAACGCCGUCAUCAACCUGGCAGGUGAGCCAAUCAGCUCCAGGUGGACGCCUGCCAUUAAGACAGAGAUCAAGCAGUCUCGCGUCGGGGUCACACGCCAGUUAGUGGAUCCCUUAGGUACAACAGAGCAUGGGUCCCCCUGGUACUCGUACUUUAUUUGCGCAGGGUUCUACGGCACGAGUGAAUCGCAGACGUUCAGCGAGGCCAGCAGCAGCGGGCGCGACUACCUGGCAGAGGUUUGCCGCGACUGGGAGAACGAGGCUCAGAGGGCCAAGUGCCAGCGCACCGUCAUCUUCCGCACAGGAAUUGUGCUUGCUAGGGAGGGCGGAGCUCUGGGCAAAAUGCUGCCAGUCUUCAACAUAUUCGCUGGGGGGCCUCUGGGCAGCGGGCGCCAAUGGUGCUCCUGGAUACACAGGGACGACCUGGUGAACAUGUACAUCCAGGCGCUGCAGGAUGACUCAUUCUCGGGGGUCUAUAACGCGACCGCGCCGAACCCAGUGCGCAUGUCCGAGCUGUGCUCCUCCCUCGGCGGCCAACUUGGCCGCCCCUCUUGGCUCCCUGUGCCCGACUUUGCACUCCAGGCGUUAUUAGGAGGGGGUGCAUCAGUGGUGUUAGAAGGGCAGAGGGUUGUGCCAACGAGGACGCAGGAUGCAGGCUUCCGAUUUCAGUACAGCCAUAUUGGGCCAGCCAUUUCCAACAUCUUCCGAUGA